UUUUCAUCCUUGCAGGGGGAGGGAGGGUUGACUACGAGGCAAAGUGGGGGGAGAGGCAGACACACACGGGGCCUAGCUGCCACAUCUGUUUCAUGCGAAGAAGCUGCGCCGCUAAACCACCCGUUUUUGGUUUCCCCCAAACGGCUCCGGCCCGGGCCUCAGUCCGCGGUCUAGAGUUGGAUAGCGGGUGGAUUGAGGCUGAAGCUCGUCGGUGUGUAGCGGCCCUCCAGCUCCGGUGCCCCGGCCACCAUCAUGGGAGACAGCAGAGAUUCUCGUAGCCCGGACAGCUCAUCUGUGUCCUCCCCUCCAUCAGGACAACGCUCCCCUCCACUGGUUCCCUCCGCUGCUUCCAUGACUUCCCAUCCUCCCACCACCACCAGUGGAGUCAACAGCCCCAUCAGUAGCAUCGGCUCCCCCUUUUCUGUCAUCAGCUCUUCACUGGGCUCACCCUGCCUCCCCGGCACACCGUCAGUGGGCUACGGCCCCAUUAGCAGCCCGCAGAUCAACUCAACAGUGUCCAUGUCGGGGCUCCAUGCAGUGAGCAGCUCUGAUGAUGUGAAACCUCCACUGGGCUUGCAGCCGCUGUCACCCCAGAGCCCUGGGCCGAUGCUUUCCCAGAAACGCCUUUGUGCCAUCUGUGGAGACAGAUCCUCUGGUAAGCACUAUGGCGUCUACAGUUGUGAGGGCUGCAAAGGCUUCUUCAAGCGAACAGUGCGCAAAGAUCUGACGUACACAUGUCGGGACAGUAAAGACUGUAUGGUGGAUAAGAGACAGAGGAACCGCUGCCAGUACUGCCGCUACCAGAAGUGCCUGGCUAACGGCAUGAAGAGAGAAGCUGUCCAAGAGGAGCGGCAGAGGAACAGGGAACGAGAGGGCGAGGUGGAGUCGACGAGUGCAGUGAAUGAGGAGAUGCCUGUGGAGAAGAUUUUGGAGGCGGAGGUGGCUGUGGAGCAGAAGACCGAGCUUCAUGCAGAUGGCAGUUCAGGUGGCAGCUCUCCCAACGAUCCUGUCACCAACAUCUGUCAGGCAGCAGACAAGCAGCUCUUCACCCUGGUGGAGUGGGCCAAGAGGAUCCCUCACUUCUCUGAGCUGCAGCUGGACGACCAGGUCAUCCUGCUUCGUGCAGGCUGGAAUGAACUCUUGAUUGCAUCGUUCUCCCAUCGCUCCAUCUCAGUGAAGGACGGAAUCCUACUGGCCACCGGCCUUCACGUCCACAGGAGCAGUGCUCACAGUGCUGGUGUAGGAGCGAUCUUUGACAGGGCGCACAAUGCUGAGGUUGGGGCCAUAUUUGACAGGGUUUUGACAGAGCUUGUAAGUAAGAUGAGAGACAUGCAAAUGGACAAGUCUGAGCUGGGUUGCCUUCGAGCCAUCAUCCUCUUCAACCCAGAUGCCAAGGGCUUGUCCAACCCCAGUGAGGUGGAGCUCCUGAGGGAGCGGGUGUACGCAUCCCUCGAGUCUUACUGCAAACAGAAGUAUCCCGAUCAGCAGGGCAGGUUUGCAAAACUCCUCCUCCGCCUCCCAGCACUGCGCUCCAUUGGUCUGAAGUGCCUUGAGCACCUGUUCUUCUUUAAACUGAUCGGUGACACGCCCAUCGACACCUUCCUGAUGGAGAUGCUGGAGGCGCCUCACCAGCUCCCCUAGAGGAGCCAGGUUGGGUUCGGUCAGGAUCCAGUGCACACCAGGAGACCCGGCACGUUGCACCGUGUUGGGUCAUUGGCUCGUCUCAUUGAGCCUCACUUAACUGCAGCACCUGCUGGUUUAAAUGUACCAGCUCUCACACUUACACAGAGACACACACACACACUCACACACACACACAUUGCUCAUCAUCGGGUAAUUAUCUUCACACGUGCACAUGCAGGUCUUUACUUGCAUGCAUGAACUGACAGGAAAAUAAAACAACUAAUAUACAGCUAAUGUGGCUCUGAAUGAAGAGAAUGCCAAAACACAAACAUACUCAAACACACACACACACAUAUUUUCACCAUCUUUUCCGUUACUGUUCUCCAACACAGGGGUUACCAUUCAAUGAAUUAAGCCCUUUCAUCAAACCGCUACAGUAAAUGUCUUAAUUUUAAUUUAGCCUUCAGUUUUCACAUCUUCAUCUCGCAGUUGGUUUUUUCUUCUGCGUAACUGGUAUUGCCUACUUCCCCUGUUUGUACUUGGGUUGGUUAGUUACACCGCUAGCUGCACCUCUGUAUGUUAUAUCCAUCACUAGCCGGUUAGUUAUUCAUGUAUUGUUUUUACCUUGAAAUCAGGUGCAUAAUUUCAAUCAACUGUCCGCCAUCGAACCGAUUUACUUGUUAUUGUUCAGGAGGUGUCCUGUUCCGCACAGGAAGACACACCCUCUCAGUGAGUUAAUUCAAUCUCAGAAAUAUUUGAAAUAUUUUAUGCUUUUCUUGAAUAUUCAUGCUGAAACUUGUUUGAGUUUCUAUUUUGAAGUACUGUACUCAUGAAAUGAGAGCUUUUUCCAAGGCAUUGAAAUCCAGGAAAAGGGGGCGGGGAGCACUUAGUUGAGCAGACAAACUUAGUCCCUCCCACCCUGAUGCGCACAGCGGGCUUUGUAAGACAAGAAGAAUGACUUGAAUUAUUAUUGUUUUUAGUUUUGAUUUUAUCCUUUACUCUACUUUGGCAGUUGUUUGGCAUUUUAAACAGCUUGAGAAUCACAGGAAGUUCAGCUUCAUGCAAGACAGAAGGAGAGUUUUUGUUUCUCUUUAAUCUCCUGUCCCCCCCCCCCCCCCGGAGUCCUCCCUUUGCUGGUGGUCAUUGAUGCACUUUUGUGACUUGUAACUGUGUAAAUGUUCCUGUUUCCAUCUUUUCUCAGACACCUAAGACGACCUUAAAGGUACUAUGUGUAGGGUUUUCUCAUUAUUGCCUCAUUUUCAAAUCAGACGUGAUUAUUUUUGAUGACUUCUAAAAAGUAAUUGGCCACAUCCUGCACCCGGUUGAACUUUUCAGACUCGAUAGGUUGUUCCAUCAACUGUCCAGUGGCCAUGGAAGAGAGAAAUGAUAUUCUCUACUCGCUGAGCAGUUCUACCUGUUAUCAGUCGGCCUGUAUCUCAGCUCUGGUGUUUGCUGCAUCUAACCCGGCACUUAAAGUGUCCUUGAACAAGAUACUGGAGCAGUUUUACAGGAGCUGCUUUACAUUUAAAGCUGUAAACACAAAAAAACAGCAGCUGAAAUAAUCUGACAGUGGCAGUUUCAGUAUUUAAUUUGCGAUGCAGUACUUCUGCAGCCCCCUAAGCCAUUAUUGGAAAGACAAAGAACCUUUUUAUAUGGGUUGUGUUACUGUUGUGCAAUAAUGAAAGGAAUUAGCGCUAUGUAAUGGAAAUCCUACAUGUAGUACCUGCAGCUUCAGAAACUUUAUUUAGUGUGUAUUGGCUCAGUGCUUGCGACUUUUGUACAGUAGAUGUAAAUAAUAAACAAAACAACACCACAGGAGUCCUGCAGAAACAUAAGACCUGCUCACACUCUCGAAGGUCGAUUAUCUGUCUCACACAGACGGAAUUAAAAAAAAAUUAUUUUCUGCUGUCGACCCCACGUCCGGUGUGAUGACGUCACCAUGUAAUUGUUUUUGAGCCCAGGGCCAAACCACACCUUGCUGCUGCUUUUGCACCGACCCCUGCCAAUGUUUGCUGUUGCCCUCUUCAAUUGAUUGGCUGGAUUUCAUUGACAAUGGCACUUGACAUUUAUUGUGAUAACAUUUUUGUGGGCAACCGAAGGUGAGCAUUGCAGCGACAAGUCAAACGCAGCUAAUUUAUGGUCAGGAGAUACAAAGCAAACUAUGAAUCAACCCAUCUACACGUGUAGAUUCAUCAGAAGUUUUUGUUACUGAAGUAUUUAAAAGAGUGUUGACAUUCUGAGGUAUAUCUAACCUUAUUUGUCACCACAUUUAAUAGAAAUUAGAAACUCAUUCUACAGGGAAGAGGUGCAGCUGUCCUCUACCAGGUGCUAAAGAACUCAUGUGGUCUUUUAGUUUUAAGACUUGCACAUUUUCAUCAAUGCAAAACAGUAUGCAAGUACACAGACAAAUCAGACAGCCAUUGUCCACUCUUUUGUUAUUUUAUGACCCUGAACUUUAUUGCAGACUCCAAGCUAUGGAAUAUGAACACUAGCUAUGUGUUUGUACAUUUUGACUGUGGCUGAUGAGUGUUUGUCCUCUACCAGACACAGCCAAAGCCUUUUGUAUUUUAGAGAGCAGUUCGGUUGGUGGAGGCAAUGAAAGUGGCUGUUGAAUUGUUGGGCUUUAUCAGCUUCUUUGACCAGAACGAGCGAUGAGCUUCCUGCCCUGCAGUUAGUCCAAAAACGUCUUCUCAGAGAGGAUGCUCGGUCUCCCCCAUGUGAUGUGGACUUGGAGGCUGGCAGUUAGAUGACCUGUGAAACAGGUGGUUUUGUUUGACAUGUCAAAACGUUGGUCUAACCCUAAGAGUUUGGUGUUGUUUCAGUUUUUCUCCAUGUAAUGAGUUCAUGCUGCCAACUCAACAAAGUAUUCUCCAGAUGUCCACUCAUUUCCUACAUGCAGAGAAAAGGUCAGGCUCUGGUUGGUCAGAGCUGCCGCUGCAUUUUAACUUUUCAAACUGGUGGCAAGCUAAUGAUGUGACUGUCAUCUUCUACUGUCCCAGAUGUGGUCUCAGCACUUUAUAGCUUGAUUGGUUCAGAUCAUACACGUUAUAUAAAGAUGGACGACACAUCUCCACCUCCUCUCACUAUUCAGAAAUAGAAAUGAAGCCAAAAUAUCCUGGAUACGAAUGCUGUCAUCCUGUGGUGGUGACGUCAAUCGGAGUCACACGGGUCAGGAGUCGGACUCAGUAGUCUAUCUUGAAUUAUCAACCCGUUUUUAUAUCAAUUAAUUAAAAUGAAAAGCACAGUCCCACAUUAAGAUGGGCGACGCGUUUCCACUUCUUUCCACUGUCUAGAAAUGAAGCCCAAACAUCCCUCGUAUGAACGCUGCCAUCUUGGAGCUGGAGUCUGCUCAGUAGCGAUCGGGGGAUUGAGCCGCUCUGUCCAGGUCGCGUCAAAACACGUGAUUGACAAGUCUCGGCUGUCAAUCAUGAAGUCUCAGCAGUUUUGUGCUUGAAACCAAACCAAUCAGAAACAUGAACAUGUGAACAUACAUCAAUGCAAUGUAAACUGUAUCAAAUGAAAGACCAUCUUUGAAAAAACAACAUUUAAUGUGUAUUUUGGUUCAUGUCCCAUCUGCUAACAUGGAGGAUGGUGGGUUUAUGACGUAUGCUUCAACUAGCCACCAGGGGGCGAUCGAGACACUGGCUUCACUUUUUUGAAGCCAUCAUGUCUUUAUUUGCAGUCUCUUGUUCAGCCGAACUUUAACUGGCACAGACUUCGUGAUCUGGAUUCGAGCUCAUCUACGCUCUGAGAAGUUUGCUGUGGGAUGAAGUGCUCGUCUUUAAGAGAGGAGGCCAUCUUUAAAUAAUCUCAUCUUUAGUUUGUUUGACGUCUCGGUGACUUUCUCUGCUUUUCUCCUGGAGUUUCCUCUGUUGAAUGUUUGAGCCUGCUGCUACUGCGUCAUGUUUGUUCCUGGGGGAUGGGAAUGAUUUCUCUUACAGGUCGAGUGCUGGAGAAUCUGCUAGUUGACAUUAAAAGAAUAGACGCCACACAUCUGACUGAGUAAAGGCCAUCUUUGUGGAUAAUCCAUCAAAAAGUAAAAAUAUGCAACUUGUAUAUUUGUCUCGUGGUAACUAGGUUAAGCAGUCAUCAUGCAAUGUGUGCAUUGUGUUUCUGACAUUUAUGAAUUCAGCUUCAUCUCUGCUACAUGAGCUCCCAUUGAUUGGCAGUGAAAUCAUUGAGAAUUCUCAUCCCUCCAUGUUGAAACAGUGCAUUUGAGUUAUGCUACGUCUUUUCUAUAUUUCUAUAUAUUUUGCUAUGAGCUUAGGUCAUUUGGAGAAAGGUAAACAUACAGUAAAAAAAAAGAUGAAGUUAGUGGUUGGGAUCUUUUUUAGCAUUUGUACGGGGUAUGUGUGGUCACAUGUGUACGCUGUCAUGCACAUGUGUUUGGAAUCUGUCUGCAGCUACGCCUUUGUUGACCGGCAGAUACUGUAGUUUUGGCUGUGAUGUGCUGGCAGCCGGUGAAACUGAUGAAAGGAUGCACAGAGGAGGAGAAGCCAGGCUGGAGGGAUGAGUAACUGUUGACCUGAUGCUUUAUCAAAACAACCCAGCCGCCUCCUUUCCUUCACUUUGUCCACUGCUUUACUUUAAACGCUUCUUCACUCAGUAUUACUGGCUUUGCAUUGGAAUGGUCUUGUACAAUUGAACUAUGAUUCUUGGCCUGUUGGUCGAGGAUGUGAAGCUUUUAGGUGGAAUAAGCGUGGGAGAGCUGUGAGGAGGGGGGUUCAGUGCCGUGUGUCCCUCUUUACUUUACUUUACUUGACGGCAGAGCAGUGACGAUCUGCGGUCCCGGGGGAAACCGCCGGGUCGCACCGCGCCGCCCACAAAAUGUUUGUCGUUUGCAUCCGUGUGCACUCAAGGCAGACGCAUGCUGUGACCUUUCGACUGUGUAGCAGUAUUGUUGUCGCCAUCUUUGUUACAUUUUGAAAUUACUCACUUUUUUGAAAAUAAAGACAUGAAUUAAAUAUGCUUUUUGUUUUUUAAAUGGAUUGCAGGCUGUGACUGAAGAGUUGAUCAUCGUGUAUAGAUUCGAUAUCAUGGUGGCGUUUUCACCUAUUGACACAGGCCCCCUGGAGCCGAGGCAGAUUCCCAUUAAGGUCAAUGAGGUGCAGUGUGCAGCCUUGAAACCACCACCCUCACUGGUUUGUUUAUCACUGCCAAGCUGUUUGUGGAUGUGGCUGUUUCAGAUUCACUCAGUCCUCACUGCUUGUUUUGUCAUGUAUGUUGUGAUUAUUGUGCAGUGUGCUGAACAGUGCGCCACCCUUGGCCUGUGUAGUGGAUACUAAAAAGGGGCCCUGAUAAGAAAGGAAUGACAGCUCGUGUGGAGAGGGGAGAAGGAGACCAGGGUUUGACCCUCUCUGGGUGCUCAAGCUGUGCAUUGGUGCUUUUUGCAGGGCCCCCCCCCCCCCCCCAGCCUGAAAUCGUCUUGUUACCAACACACAGGGACAUAGUUUUAUGAAAUGCAAAUAAGGAAGGUUUUCAUCCCUAAAUCUUCUCUUCAGUUGGAUUUUCUGCACGAGCAACCUGACGUGUGUUUUCUGUGGCUGCUUCAGAUUGUGAGGAAGAAGUUGUGGCUCUGGUUGUUUGAAGCCCAGCAGCAUCCACUGGUGUGGUCUGCAGGCAACACCUCUGAUGGGAGGGAUGAAGUGAAUACGACUGCCCUCCUUAAGGAGGAGGGCGUUGAUUUUAAAGGUUUGAGGAGUCGUGAAGGGAAGUAGAGAGAGAGACAGAGGGAAGGAGAGACGGGCAGGGACUCAGAGAGCUCGGAUCAUUUGUCGACUGAAGUAAAACGGGAAAGAAUUCAACUUUCCAGUAGAUCUAGAAUCUUCCUUAAUUGUUUACUCUUCAUCUUUAAUCCACACAGUUUCUUUGUCUUGUUUCCUGUCUCCCUCUUCUCCACCUACGCUCUUCAUCUUUUGUUUAUUACAAAGUAUUAAACAAAUACGAGAAGUGAUGAAUCAGAAUGGAAUCUGUCACUGAUAUUUUUUUAUUUUUCUCUCUUUCUCUUGUGUCUGUUCUCUGUCCUGUUUGUAUCCUACUCCCUCAUACAUGUGGAGCUGAUUGACUAUUGUGUGCUUUGGGGAUUGAAAGAGAAAAAAAAAUCUGAAUAUGUUUUUCAGUCAUUAAUUCUGAAUCUUGUUUCUGUUUGUUGUAUCAUGUCUGAGUAAAGGUUUUAAUACUGUA